AUGCUUAUACGAGGCUCAUCGGCAGUACCGAACAGAGUGCUAGUUUUGAAAGUCCAGCAGGAUCACGUGGCAGUACCUUCUUCGAACAUUGCAGCAGAAUCAGACGACAAUCCUUUGAAAAUUCCAACAGGAGCAGAACAGCAGUGUCAUUGA